AUGGAUCUGCAGUCGCUUCAUUCGCUGAGCUGGAAUACCUAUCGGUAUGUCGGCGACUAUCUGCAUGACGCGGCUGUGAUCCUCUUGCUGGGACAUGUCUUCUGCAGGCGAUCUGUCGCGGGCUUCUCACGCCGAACACAAAGUCUAUACUUAGUGCUCUACAUCGCACGGUACCUGGACCUGCUGGACCACAGCCAACACACUUAUCUUGUGGCACACAAGUUGUUCUUCAUUGGCACUGCAGCGGCUGCGCUCUGCGCAUUCUGUCUCUGGAGCCAAACCUACCAGAAACAAUCAGACACCUGCCCUGCCUUCCUUCUCGCACUGGUGACGCUGUUCCUCUCGCCGUGGGUCGCUACGGAAGGAGAUGUCAUGGAGAUUAUGUGGACCUGGUCGCAAAUACUGGAAGGUUUUGCCAUGGUUCCGCAAUACAUCUGCUCUUAUCGGAACUCCUGUGACGGUCAGAAAGAUGAGUGUGGCGUUGCCACAUACAUCUGCUUCAUGGGCUUCUAUCGGAUCUUCUACAUCCUGAACUGGAUGCACAAGAAGGCGCGGGCCUUUCACUACUGGGACCCCCACUCCUGGCUGGGUGGCGCCGUGAACUUGUGCUUCUUCGCUGACUACCUACUGUUUCUGGCAGUCGGCAUUUCCUGCUUACGGCGAGUGACCCUGAGCCUGGACGAUGGGGUGCAUCAGGUUGGAGACGAGCUUCGAGAUCGCUUCGGAGGAUGUCUGCUUUCGCCAGGGCAGCGCUACUUUGAUAUCGGCCCUGCUGCCGACCUGGAGCUACGCGGCCAGCCAGAGCGGCAGGACGGCGUGUUGCCGGCUACACUGGGCGCUCAAAGUGAGCCCACGGGUCCUGCAGAGUAG